GGCGCAGGUAGGGCCUCAGGGAGCGGACUUGGAACCCACCCGGAGCCCCUUCUCCCUGCGCACGCCCUCCCCGGGGCUCAUCAGCCCCCGGGCCCCCUCCUGCCCUCUGGGGUCCCGCUCCUUCCCCGUGCACGGGCCGCCCGGCCUGUCAGCGCCUGGCACUGGCACCUGUCUGCCUUUCUGUUUUAAAUUAGCAAUUCCCACUGCCGUGUUGGCAGUGCUGAUUUGGAUUCCUCCUCCAGAAGUGGGGGAGAUAGUUAGAUCCCAUGUGUGCUAUAAGCUGACGUCAUUGGGAAUCUUUUGUAUGUGUUCUGAAGGGAUUCUUUCCACCAUACUUGCUUUACAUGUGGAAGAAAACAAAAGAUGUAUAACUUUUCCUAAGUCCACAGAUGGUAAAACUUAAAUGUGCUUUUCUACAGAAGGCAGCAACUCCCCCUCUCUGCGCUGGGUGUAUCCAGGCACUGCAUUGCUGAAUCUGUUUCUUCCCUUGGUGUUUGAUGCCUUUGCUUCCCCCCCUCAGGACUCAGGAGACAAGGCACGCUGUGCUGCUGGCGCAUUCCUGCUGUGCUGAGCUGAGCUGUAGCACCUGGCAUGGGAACGCCGCUGGGCGCAGAGCCUCGUCACCCACCACAGCCUGCUGCAGCGUCUCAGGUUUCAUGUGAGUACGACUGCUGGAAAUAGGUUUCAGAUGUUUCCCUAACUCAGCGCUUGGGCUGCAUCUUGUAAGCUGAGGCGUUUCCAUAGGAACCGUAUGACAUCGCUGCUCCCCCAGCAGCUCUCUCGUGAGCAUGCCCAGUGCAAGCCUUGACUUUGGCUCAACUAUCUGCGUGCACUAACGGACUGCACAUAUGGGAUAUGAAUGUGGUUCCUGAUGAGCUCCAACUCUUUGUCUUUGGGAGGAGGAGGAAGAGGCUGUGCCCAGAGCUGGAGGAUCUGCCAUACGCCUGCUGAGACCCUUGCCCCUCAGUGGGAUCGUGGAGAAUGCUUGCCUGUUUGGCCAGGGGGAAUUUACUGGAUAUUCUGCAGGAGGGCUUCACAGAGCAACAGCUACAGGCAUAUGUGGCCUGGGUAAAUUCCCAGCUGAAGAAGAAGCCAACGAUAAAGCCAGUCCAAGACCUGAGACAGGAUCUCAGAGAUGGAGUCAUUCUUGCCUCACUUAUCGAGAUUGUAGCUGGUGAGAAGCUGAAUGGCGUUCAGGUCAACCCUACCAGCCAGCAGGAGAUGAGGGAAAAUGUGGAGAAAGUCUUACAGUUCGUGGCAUCAAAAAAGAUUCGUAUGCAUCAGACAUCAGCAAAAGAUAUUGUUGAUGGUAACUUAAAAUCUAUCAUGAGGCUGAUCCUUGCCUUAGCUGCUCAUUUCAAACCAGGCUCUGGAAGAGCCGUGAAUCACAGCCCUGCUGGCAUGAUGGGGAAGAGCUCAGCAGCAUCAUUUGCCAGUCACAGGCCUCGCUCAGCCGCUGCAGUGGCCCAAGGGGCGGUGGCUGCUCUGGCAGAUGUUCGCCAAGAUGUAUUGCAAUCUGGCCGGGAUGUUUUCCGGCACAGGCAAAGAAACAGCAGCAUGGAUGAGGAGAUUGAAACCCCCUACUGGAGUGUUCGGGCACUGGUGCAACAGUAUGAAGGGCAGCAUAAUAUCCCCUUGGAGUCCCACUCCUCCAGUCUCACAUCACCCAGUCCUGUCCAUAGCACGAAAAGCGAAUCCACUGUAACCCAGUCAGAGGAGAAAGCAGGAUUUGUGAUUAUCCACACUGAGGAAACAGAAACUAAAACAGAAGAGAAAGAAUCUCACUUCCAGUCUGAAUGGCAAGCAGGGAACCCGGGGUCAUGUUCGGAGAAUUCAUGGGAGGAGCAGCUAUUGGAACAACAGGAUCAUUUGGAAAAGGAAAUGGAGGAAGCAAAGAAGAUGAUUUCAGGUUUGCAGGCUUUACUGCUCAAUGGGUCUUUACCUGAGGAUGAACAGGAAGGGUCCUUUGAACUUUGUGAACAUGGAGCCUGCCCAGAAGAGCAGCUGAUCAUAAUCCGAAGUCGUCUGGACCAGAGUGUGGAAGAAAAUAAAGACUUAAAGAAGGAGCUGCUGAAAUACAAACAAGAAGCUCGAAACCUACAGGGGAUAAAGGAUGCUCUACAGCAAAGGCUGGCUCAACAGGAUGCUUCAGUUCUUCAACUAAAGCAGGAGCUGCUGAGAGCAAACAUGGACAAGGAGGAGUUGCACAAUCAGAAUGUUGAUCUUCAGAGGAAGGUUGAAGAGAGGAACAUGCUACUGGCAGAAUACAAAAAGGAACUGGGCCAGAAGGAUCGGCAUUUACAGCAGCAUCAAACCAAACUGGAUGAAAUGGUUAGGCAACUUUCUGAGGCCAGUUACCAACAGGUGUGGAUCCAGGUGGAUUUGGAGCGGGAGCUGGAGCACAAAGAGGCCCUGCUAGCUCACUGUAUGAAGAGAGAAGCUGAAGAGGUGAUGGCAUAUAGCAGUCACAAUGCUCAGAGCAAUGGCUUCCUCCAGACAGUAGGAAAAGGAGCUGCUCCCACAGCCCACCGAGGGACAAAUGACUUGCAGCUCGUUCGUGAUGCACUUCGUAGCCUGAGGAACAGUUUCAGUGGCCACGAUCCACAGCACCACACUAUUGACAGCCUGGAGCAGGGCAUCUCUAGUCUGAUGGAACGGCUACACUGCAUGGAGACACAGAAGAAGCAAGAGAGAAGGAUCCAGGGGAAGUCACCGGCAAGCAGAGCAACAAAUGAGUGUAGAGACUCCUGGCCUCCAAACUCCAAACUGCCUCAUUCUCACAGCACACCUGUGAUGAGCACCAGUGCCUGCACAAAAGUGUUGUACUUCACUGACCGCUCCCUCACACCUUUCAUGGUCAGCAUACCAAAGAGGUUAGGGGAAGUGACUCUGAAGGAUUUUAAGGUAGCUAUCGAUCGUGAAGGAACCCACCGAUACCACUUCAAAGCCCUGGAUCCAGAGUUUGGGACAGUCAAAGAGGAGGUAUUCCAUGAUGAUGACAUCAUUCCUGGUUGGGAGGGGAAAAUUGUGGCCUGGGUGGAAGAAGACCAUGGGGAGAAUUAAUCAAGCUUUUAGGUCUUGUCACUAUGGAAACCUGUAACUGGCUGCUGAGCUCGGAGAAUGACCAAAAAGCAUGUGUGCUGGAAGGAGUCCAAUUCAAGCUGCCAAAAGAAAGGGCUUCUCUGUAAACAAUGGGUAAUGCACGUUGUGUGCGUGGAUGCCUGGCAUGGACACCUGACUUUCUGUGGCCAAAUACAGACAGCGUUGUGGGACUGAAACGAUUAUCUGUGGGAAAGAAACACCUUGCUUUUUCCUGUCAACUAAACUCUGAAGGCCUUAAUGAUGCAUUUUUCCUUUCCCCUGCUUCUCCAUUCCUGCUGUAUGUGCUGCAGUCUGUGAGCUGGGCAUUUCAAUUCUGGUUUGUUGUACACAGUCUUGCAUAUAUCUACACUGAUGGCAAAAAUGCAAAGCUUUGCCUUUGUGAGUCAGAAGAAACAGCUAGAUUAUGUGAGAAGGUUUGACUGGCUUUGGUCUUGGACUUGCCUGUGUUGUAGGAGCAGAGUGAACUUUGUGGACAGUCCAGACUGAGCAGACCUGCAGAAGGAAGACAGUCUUCUGGAGGUUUUAUGCAUUAUCUGAAGCAAUGAUCAUCAGCUUAGCAAAGCUCCCUUUCUCCCAUAUUCAGGCUUCUGUUUCCUAGCCCUGGUUCUCCUACUUGUCCUCCAAAGCUGUACUUUUGAAGUCCUCUGGGUUUGCUCUGUUGCCAUGGGGAAUGUUGGAAUCUUGAUGCUUGCUUUUCUGCUGAAAGCUUUUGUUUGAGGAGGCAGGAGCUGGAAUCAGCUGCUUCCCCAAGGUACUUUUAGCCCCCCCUCCUUGUUAAGCCCCUGUCUGCACUCCCACUGUCUCCUCUCUGAGCACAGCAACUGAUUGUCACCUCCUGUGCACAGGCAUCACUGUGCUACUGUGCUGAUUGCCAGAGCCACCAAACAUAAAUACACUCCUAGGAUAAAUCCUAUCAGAAACACCAUUUCCUUGCUGUGCCUACUGCUGGGGUUUCUGGAGGAGCAGAAACUGAAUGGCUGGUUGGGAGGGUAUGAGCCCCGAGAUCCCUGAGGCUUUUGUGGGAUUUGUUUGUUUUGGUUUUUGUUUGUUCUGUUUUUCCCCUCCUUUGCCUCCCUCUGUCCUCCUGCUGCCUGUCAGCUGUACUAGCACAGCACUGGCUCUGGUCUGCACCAGACACUGUUGACUUAAAAGGUCAAAUGGCAAGUCAAGGCUCUGCUUGUUCUUGGUACGUGUGGCCCUUUCACGGACUGCCUGCGUGUCUGUACCGUGCAUGAGGCUGGGAGGGGGUGAACGUGGUUUUACUGUUUUAUAUUAACGUGUCUUUUUGUAAAUAUGUUACUGUUUGGAAUUAUUUUGUACCAGUUUACAUUGUCUGAGGACUGUGGAUAUUUUUAUACAAGUGCAAGUGCUUUCUGUAUAUUUCUGCACGCAUUAUAUGGUGUUUUACUCUCUAGUGGAUGCUGAGAUGUUUUCUAUGGUCUCCUGUUCACACAACACUGGGCUUGACUUUAUUUUACUAUGGAAAUCCAACUCGUUCCUACUGGAUUUUAUGUUUUGCCAGCUUGUACAGGCAGUAAGAAUGCUAUUUCUUCCGUCACUGCUUCACUGUCCAGGAAAGAGUUCAAAGCUUUUACAAGGCCCUGUGCCAGGCUGGCACAAGACAGCAUGCCUGCUGCUCUUUACGAUUUGUUAUGGUGACUUUUUCUUUACAGACAGAGGUCAGUAUCAGUAGAAAAGCUCAUCAGUGGACAGAUUUAUCAAUGGCUGCAGGGCAGGGGAACACAUCUCUCUUGCAAAAGAGAGAUUUUCUUCCUCCCUGGAAAUAGUUCUCUGUUGCAUGAUCUUAGAGGGUUGUUAAAGACAGCAUGGGGUUGUUAUAUUGAAAUCGAUUGUUAUAUUUCAAUUGCAGUUUUUUUCUCAAGUGUUUCUUCAAGUUUUGCUCAUUGAUUCUAUUUCAGCAAGAGCCACACACCCAGGAUGGGAUUUUACGGAGACAAUUUUCGAGGUCUGUAGUUGCCAGUUCCAGUGGCCAGUGCUGUUUGAUUGUGGAGUUUUGAGGGCACAGGAAGCUAUUAUCAGAGCUUCUAAUGGAUACCUUGCCCAAUAGGUAUCCAGUGUUCCCAUGGAAAAAGACAGAUGUUAGCUGAUACAGGAGACAGUCGGGAGCCUCAGUCUUGUUCUUAGAGCAGUUCAGGUAACUCCUAGUGGGCACAUGUAGCAUGCUUACUGCCACUCAAAUUUGGCUACAUGCUUUCCAGAGCAGCAAUGGGCUAUGUAUUUGAGAAGGAGCAAGACUGAAGACUGUACCUUGAAUCAGUGCCAACAUGACACGUAAGCUAGGACAAAACAGACAUUACUUGAGACACAAUUGAUGGCAAUGCUCUGUUCUUGAGUUCCUGGAUGUGGCUUCCUCUUUCUAGCAAAGGUAGGGCUGCUAGCACUGCUGCCACUGAAGCACAAGGCCCCGCUUUGUCACGUUCACCCCCUGGGAGUGCUGCUCUCACAGGCUGCUUGUGCUUAGCUUUGUUUCUGCCAUGGCACUGCAGCCUUCCCCAGACGUUUUACUUCUGCAUGAUUUACAGUUUGGAAGUGGUAAUAGAGGGGGAGAGGAGAGGCAGCAGGUGCAAGGGCCUUGGAGUGGCUGCUCCUUGCCGGUAACAGCAGAAGCUGUUGCUUUUUCACGAACUCGAGCUGCCGCCGCACUAACCUCAGCGGACUUAUUCCGGGAACAUGCUCUUCAUACCGCACCCAGGACUUCCAUUCUGCCGCUUGGAAUCCGUAUUUAUUUCUGCCUGUCUGCCAAGUUACCUACCUACUCCUAUGCUUUUAAGUUGACGCUGUAAUACAUGUUGUAUAAAAUUAUAUUUUCGUAGAAACUCUGUA